AGGUUUUUAAGCUUUUAAGGAGUGUCGAAGCUGCACACCUUUAGCCUGGGAAGAUGAGUGAGCUCGAUCAGUUACGCCAGGAGGCUGAACAACUAAAAAACCAAAUCAGAGAUGCUAGGAAAGCCUGUGCUGACGCUACCUUGGCCCAGAUCACAGCCAACAUUGAUCCUGUGGGUCGUAUACAGAUGCGCACUAGAAGAACACUGCGAGGACACUUGGCCAAAAUUUAUGCAAUGCACUGGGGAACUGAUUCCAGGCUUCUGGUUAGUGCAUCACAAGAUGGAAAACUGAUCAUUUGGGACAGCUACACCACAAACAAGGUCCAUGCCAUCCCUUUGCGUUCGUCUUGGGUCAUGACCUGUGCAUACGCCCCUUCCGGAAACUACGUGGCCUGCGGUGGUCUCGAUAACAUUUGUUCCAUUUACAACUUGAAAACACGUGAAGGCAACGUCCGAGUAAGCCGUGAGCUGGCCGGGCAUACAGGCUAUUUGUCCUGUUGCCGGUUUGUGGAUGAUAAUCAGAUUGUGACCAGCUCUGGAGAUACCACUUGCGCCCUGUGGGACAUAGAAACGGGACAGCAAACCACCACAUUCACCGGCCACACCGGCGAUGUCAUGAGCCUCUCCCUCGCGCCGGAUUCCAAGUGUUUCGUCUCUGGUGCCUGCGAUGCCUCAGCCAAGCUGUGGGAUGUCCGAGAAGGGAUGUGCAGGCAGACCUUCACCGGCCACGAGUCGGACAUCAAUGCCAUUUGUUUCUUCCCCAAUGGCAACGCUUUCGCCACCGGCUCCGACGACGCCACGUGCCGGCUUUUCGAUCUCCGUGCUGACCAAGAGCUCAUGGUUUAUUCCCACGACAACAUCAUCUGUGGCAUCACCUCCGUAGCAUUCUCCAAGAGCGGGCGUCUCCUGCUAGCCGGUUACGACGACUUCAACUGCAACGUGUGGGACACGCUCAAGGCGGACAGAGCAGGCGUCUUAGCUGGCCACGAUAACCGUGUCAGUUGCUUAGGUGUGACCGACGAUGGCAUGGCAGUGGCAACAGGAUCGUGGGAUAGCUUCCUGAAGAUCUGGAACUGAAGCCCGACAGUCCGUGGACUCCCCGCUGAUCAGAAGAAAAAAAUUUCCCCCAACGGUUGAAAGUUUAAAAUAAUGUAUCCAACUCAAUAUACUAACUUGGAUCCCCUUCUCUGCCUCCCUUCCUCUCUCUUUCUCUCCCUUUCCCUCUCCCCCCUUCCUACCCUACCACCCAAGGGCAAGAUCUUUUCAUGUCUCUCCUUCGCCAAAGCAAAGAGCACAAGUCUCUCCCUCAAAGAGGAAUCACCGCGGUUGUUAUACCAGUAAUAGCAAAAGAGAUCAAAAUUGUGCAUUCCAUUGGGGACCACGUAUAUUUUUUUUUUUGCGGGGGGGGGGGGGUUGUCUAGAGAAAAAAACAAAAAAAAACCUUACAAAAGAAAUCACACGCUUGUGUAAGCAUGCCCAGGCAAAACUUUAAAGUGAAGUAAAGUGAUACGAUAAAUAAGUAAGGAAAAACAAAAACACCUUGUCGGAAGCAAAGUUAACCUUUCAAAUUUCACUGUAGUUUAAAAAAAAAGAAAGAGGCAAAUCAUACUGACUUUAUGGUGGGAAGGCUUCGUUUUAAUCUCAUUUUCGAAACUUAGAAGUCACAUGCGUAGCAAGAUCGGUAUAUCCCCUCUUUCUUUGUCCCAUGUUUCCAUUACCUUUUCCCCUUUUUUUAUAAAAAGAAAUUGCAAAUUGCUUCUUACGGUCUAAUUUUGAGCCAAGAGAAAGGAGUCCCAUCCCAGGCAUUUCUGGGGUUGUUAAAUGCUGUAAAUUUACUCCCUGGAUUUUCUUUUCUUUUCUUUCUUUAUUAUUGUUCUUUUUUUUAAUUUCUGUCUUAAUGUCACAAAUCGUUGCACAAAUAUUGCAUAUAUAUGAUAAUGUUAAGAAGAUAACCAAGCACACUCUGUACAUGGUAUUGAAUGUUUAAAAAAAAAAAGCAAACCUUUUCACUUCUGUGGGUAACAAAAAAAUAAUAAUAAUAAUAAUAAUUCCCUCUUUUUUAUUUUUUUCCCAACCCCAAUCUCGCCUCGUGGGCCAAUUCUUCAUUUCCUAUCUGCUGAGUUUGAUUGACUAACGCCGAAGAUUAUCCCAUAAUUUCUGUAAACAGCCAGAUUAGGUGGAUUUGGGGUUUCAGGAGCAAGGCUAGGGAAAAGUGGGGGGCGGGAAAAAAACCCCACCAGUUGAACUUUUGGCUGGGUCUGAAGCAAGAUCCAAAUUUGGUUUUUUAUUUUUUAGUGAAAACCGUGAUCUGAGGGUUUUCUAAAUUAAACGAUUAUGAUAGACAGGUGCAAAUGGGGGGUGGAAACGUUUGGGAUUUGCCAGUUGUGGGUUGGAUUACUCUUAGAAUCGCAUGCUGUAGAAAUGCUGAAGUGCAUAAUAAAACUAAGAUGUCCUUCUCUUUGUGUUUUCUUUCGAGAAAUUAACCUCAUCCUUUUUUAUUUUAUUUUAUUUUAUUUUUUAAAAGAAAGAAAGAAAGCAAUCAUUGCUGAUUUUCCUUACUGCCGCUUAACCGGGGGGUGGUGUGUGUGUGCACAAGAAUGGAUUCCACCGAAGAAUGCAGACUUUUUUGUUUUUUGUUUUUGCACAUCUGGAAGUAAGGUGAUAAAAGUCAUUAUUUUUAAUUUUUAAUAACGUGUUUCUCCCCCCGGCUCCUUCUUCCUCCCCCCAAUUAAAACAAAAAAACAAAUUUGAAAGCAAAAAGCUAGAGAAAGAAGAAAAAAAAUGGGGUCGAAACUCUUUCAAUCAAGCCCCUUUUUUCCUCUUGCUUUGCAUUUUGAAAGUUGAUGAGCAUUUAGACAGCAAAUCGUUUGGAUAAACUUUUCAAUUCUUCCUCUCCUCCCUUCCCUUCCCCCUCCCUUUUUUUAAAAAGCAGUGAUUUUUUUAAAAUCCUCUUUUCACUCCCCCCUCCUCCUUGCAACAUUCUGUACAAAACGUGCUGUAAUCGUGCAUUUUUAUUUUUAAAGGCCUGGAUUUGGCAUCUUGAAUUUUUCUUUCUUUUUUUUUCUUUUUUGGAUUUUUUUUUUUUAAAUCGCCCUCUUUCCUCUUCCCUUGCCCCCACCCUUCCCUUGAGAUAAAUCUCUAUAGAGCUUCCUCUG